ACGUGAUUAUCUUUGAAAUAACAGGAAUAACUGAUGAGGGGGCGAUGCACUAUAAAACCAGUUGUUGAUCUAAAGCCAAAUCAGGGCUUUGUAGAACAUCAAUUUUGUGAAUAUAUACACACGUUUGAAGUCAAUACAGUUUAAAUUAAAUCAAUUUGAUUUAAAUUAAGUCAAUAUUAUGUCUUGGUUUUCCAAUUUAAUCAAUUUUGUGCAGAUGACAACUCAAGCAGUUCAACAUUCGAAGGCAGAAACGUCCGGUUCUGGUACAGGAUCAACGUCUAAAGUGAAACUGAGCGUGAUUGAAACGGCAACAGAUGGGAUUACGGGACCUUUUCACCAACAAAUGCCAUUCGGCUACAAUACUUACGCAACAAAGAAGACUUUGGCCAAAGGCCUUUUAGAUAUAGGUCUAUUGGUCGCAAACGCCUCACAACUGAAAUCACUACUCAGUUUUGGGCCAGAGCAGGAACACUUCCAUGUUAACAUGGUCCUGAUAAGCCUCUCAAUUUCUUUACAGCUAGUCACGGGUAUCUUACUCUUGAUUCUUGGAAGCAUGGAACCGAACGGCAAGCACCUAGAGGAACGACGUGACGCACAUCGGCUUAAUGACGUCACUGUUGGUUUUGUGUUCGUCAUUACCGCUAUCAACAUUUUCAUUGCGGCGUUUGGAAUAAGGCAUACAGAGCAAAUUCCAUCUGAAGCAAUGCUUUGACAUGACAAAGAUGUAAUCAUCAGACGUUGGUUUGAAACGAACUGCUUCAUAAUUGUCUGUCUGAUGGGUGAUUUUAUCUAACGGCAGAAGUCAUUAGCCACUGAUUGACACUUCUACAAAUACAAUGCUGUGAUAUUAACAAUUUUGUUCAUGUCUGAAAAGCGUAUAUAUAUGGUUGAUAUAAUUAAAGAUGUAAUAAAUAUACAAUGCUGUGAUAUUUUACAAUUUUGUUCAUGUAACAAACUUAAGAAAACUUGGUUUGUCCUUGGAUAAGUGUUUUACCAUUUCAGCGUAUAAACAGAGUUAUUAACCCUGGUGACAAAUGACAUCUUAAGACUUUUUUGCAUUUAACAUCUAUUCUAUUAAGUACUGUUUUAAUACGUAUUAAUGCCUUAAUGAUAAAAACAAAAACAGAUAUUUGAUUCAGGUACAGAAUAUUGAUUUGUCGACAUUACCACAAAAAUAUAUAUAAACACUGCCCAGAUCUGAAAGAAAAAAAAAUGUGAUAAAUUUGUUUGUUAAAUUACAAAGAGUGUGAUUGGUGUGUUUUCCCAUCUGUUAAAAUAUAGAUCAUAGGUUCAAGGCCCUUAAGUCAAUCUAUAUAAGCCUCUAAAAUGACACCUUUUUUGCUGGUCUAUCAGAUAAUUAUGUUUUUUUUUCCAGUCGAUUCAAUUAGAGAAUAAUAGAAAAGUGGUGUUGACUUGAUUAAAAUUGAAGAUAAUAACUGAUAUGAUAUGGUUAAUUUGCCCAUGGGCAAAGAUAAAACAAGUACCCGUAUGGAACUCCUUUCUUAUGGUCAUCACAUUGAAACUACCUCCCUUGUUGAAUACUGUCAUCUAUAGCAUCAUCGAAACCUAGUCUUGUUGUAUCAUUUUGAAUGCUUACGAAUUAUUUCUCGCUUCAAAUGUCACCAUAAAAAAGUUUUCGCGCACCUUUCAAGAAAUUAAAAAAUCACUUUCCUCAGAACUAUUUAAAGACCGAUUUGACUAUUAACAUGAUCUGCAUCAGAAAAAGCACUUACCAUAGCCGCUCGUGUAUUAUAGGUUCCUCACUACUAUCGCGCAGGGUGUUUUGCGGAAACUCGGUAAACAUCGCUUCCGCAAAACACCAUACGCUCGGGUCGGGAUGAACCUAUCUAAUACUCUCGGCCAUGGAAGACACUUAUAAUGUAUCUUAAAACCUGAGGCCAGUACAACAGAUUUGGCGCUCGAUAGAGCGUUCCAGUGCUUAUUUGUUUGAUACUGAAAGCGUUUGAAAGCUCGCUUAAACAAUGUUAA